CUUGCAUUACUAAAUCAAAAUAGUAGAAUCUCAGAUAUCACAAACUGAGCUCUUUUCACCCAAAGUGAAGGAAAAUAUCACAAAAAUACCACGACUACUUGAGAAACUAAAGCAAAGCAAUAAAAAGAAAAUGCUUUUCUCACUGGUACAGACGAUUGUCUGUGUGUUACUAAUCAAUGGCGGUUUAUAUGCACUGCAUCUGACUGGUAACACGGGAAAUAGUGGCAUACAUCAAGCACCCAGUGGCAUACAGAGUGAACAGCAUAGUAGCAACAUUGCUAAUGCAAAUAAUAUGUUAAGUGUACUAACCGCUGCUGGCAGUCAACAACACAUACCACAUGUCAGCAGCGGUAGCAGCAAUAUAGGCAGUAGCAGAUCCAGUGGCAAUAGUGGCAGCAGUGGCAGUAGCAUUGCUUCUAGCAGCGGCUUAAAACAACAACAGAAGAGCACCCAUGGCAGCUUAGAUAUGCCGCAUAGUCGGCUUAGUGAUGAAUUGGCUGAUAUGGCGCAGUUGGAACGUGAACGUUUAAUGCUACUUGGUUUGGCUAAGCAAACUGCCGCUGCUGCCACUGGUCAUCAUGGUCGUCCCAUUAUAACUGGUCGUAUACAAAUGACACCAGCCGAUGAUAUUGAAACUGACUACCCGGCUUUAUUAAUGCAACAGGCUAGAGAUUUAAUGUUUGGCAAUGUAGUCAAACAGCCGACACAAAACGAUGACUAUGAUUCGACCGAAGAAUUUGAUGGCGGUGGCUUAGCUGUACGACAUCGACCUGGUAAAUAUGAUUAUGGACGUAUCGUACAGCCCGCUGAUCAUGAGUAUGAUAAUCAAAAUAUUGAUUUGGAUACUUUCAUGGAAUUGGAGUCUGUACCCGAUGUUGAUGAUAUGUUACCUGAUCUGGAUGGUUAUCAGUAUUUGGAUGAAUUAUUGGCCGAGCAAAAUAAAGGUUGGGAAGAAUCACCCGCUGCAACAUUUACCAACAGUUACUAUGGAACGCAUCAUAAACAAAAUCCCUAUGAUAAAAUUGAAAAAUUUGAAUCUAAUGGGAAAGAUUUAUUUGCUAAAUCACAUACCAAAGAAACAAUUGAUAUUGGUGGACAACAUAAACAUUCACAAACACAAGCUGAUCAGGAGCACAAUCCAUCAUUGGGUAAUAGCAAACAGAGAAAUGCAUUUAAUAUACGCAUGCAACAGAAAUGGCAACGCAAACGUGCACAACUACAACAACAACAGCAGCAACAACCAAAAUUGCAACGCAACAUUUUUGGACGCUCAAAGCAACAACAGCUACAACAUCAAUAUAAUCCACAUUUGUCAAAAUUAUCGAUUGGCAAUUCUGAAGCAACUGCAAGUAAGCAUUUUGGCAAAUCUGCAGAUAAUGUGGGUGCUACAAAGUUAAGUUCCUCCUUCUCUGUUGAUGGAAAGCCAGCUACAGAUGAAGCUGAUAUUGAUAGUGGUGCAACUUCAAUUUCCACAAAAGCUCAACAAACAUCAAAUCAAUCAGAGAAAAAUGAAAAUUCUAGUAACGACAAGAAAAAGGUUGAUGUCGACGCAAAGACCAAAUCUGGCAACACACUCAGCGCAUCCACGCAAGAUGAACUAAUUAAACAGCAGGAUGAAGAAUUAGCACAUCCCAGUCACAAACGUUCAAGCAUGUCCGGAGGUGUUGCGGGUGGUUAUGGUGGACCACCGGUCAGUCAUAGCAUAGCAAGCCAAUUAAUGCUGCGAACAGCGAGAGGACAGAGGCAGUACGAUGUACCACAAAUCGGUAAGUGA